AUGGAUCUCCGAGGUGGUGUAACACAAAUCGAGCUGGAGUACAUGGUACACGAUGAAGAUGCAGAGCCCAUUGCCCUGCCAUUCCCACUUUUGGAGAAACUCACAGAUUAUUUUUCUGACGAGUUGAUAAUUGGAAGAGGUGGCUUUGCGGUGGUUUAUAAGGCAGUGCUUGAUAAUGGCACCGUCGCUGUAAAGAGGCUGUUCAAUACGCACAUGCAUGAGGAACAAUUCCAGGGUGAGGUGGAAUGUCUCAUGAAGGUGAAGCACAAAAACAUUGUACGGUUUCUGGGAUAUUGCGCCGACACACAAGGGAAUAUUUCGGACUACAAAGGGAAAAUGGUUAUGGCGGAUGUACAGCAGCGGCUGCUCUACUUUGAAUAUCUACCCAAAGGAAGUCUUGAUGGUUAUAUAACAGAUUCACCUGGAGAACUUAACUGGAGAAAGCGAUACGAUAUGAUAAAGGGGGUCUGUGAAGGGUUACAUUAUCUUCACCAGAAUAAUAUUCUGCACUUGGAUCUAACACCCGGAAAUAUAUUACUGGAUGAGGAUAUGAUGCCGAAAAUUACUGAUUUCGGAUUGUCAAGGUGUUUUGAGGAAGACCAAACAGGGGUCAUUACUAAAAAUGUGGCUGGAACGAGGGGAUAUUUGGCGCCGGAAUGCUAUAACAAGGAAAUCAUACUCACGCACAAGUUUGACUUAUAUAGUCUUGGUGCUAUAAUAAUAGAGAUAUUGACCGGAAAGAAGGGGUGUCAAGUUACUAUUGAGAAUGUACUUCAAGUGAAGAUUGGGAUGGAGUGCACAGAAGUCGAUCCGGCAAAGAGACCAGCUACUGGUGGGACAAGAGAGCUUCUUCUCGUUCACCCGUGCGUGCUUUGCUUCCCCUUUGAGCCCAACAAGGCUAUGACGUGCCCGCUGCAGCUAACAAAUAACACCGAUAAGCAUGUUGCAUUUAGGCUUAUGGAUAAUAGCAUGGAGUCUUCCUUCCUAAGGCUGCCAUUGUAUGACGUUGUGCCACCUAACACACCUUAUACUCUCAUCGUGACAACACAAGAGAAAGAAGAUCUACCACGAAAGUAUAUCAUAGAUGUGAUCCUCCAAAGUGCUACAUUAAUAUUGGGGGAUGAUGAUCAUAUAAACACUUUUCGAAGCCAGCCAGACAAGUUUUUUCAAGGGACAGGGAAUGAUGUACAGGAGGUGAAACGGAAAGCACUUUAUACCUUGACACACAUCGCAACGUCAUUCUCGAAG